AGUGGUUCUUCCUCGCGCUCGGGGGCAUUUUUCCGCACAGUCUUUUCGUCUGGCGCGCUGUUUGCACACGCCGGCGCUCCGUGACGCUUUCAGUUUUUUUUUUUUUUCGUUAUUAUCAUUUCGUCGUUUCCCACUUUACUUUUCCUCUCUACAUUUCUCCAUCGCACCGUCGACCGUCACCUCGCCGCGUACGCCGGUCGUCCGCGCACGUCAAGUCCUUUUCGAUUUUUUUUUAAAAAAACUCGUCGUUACGAGUUUGAAAUUUUCGCGGCCAGAAAUAACCGAACGCGCGCGCGACACUCCGUACGGUAGUACAGUAGUAGUAGCCGUCGUGUACGGUCCCCCCCGAUCGGUCUGUCUAUCCAUCCUCUGUCCGUCUCUUCUACUGAAAUAAAAUCGUUUUCACAAAUAGGCUUUUCAUAGUCUUCCUCUCCGCGGCGGACGCUGCCACCGCCACUGCGCCACGUUCUACGGUCACGUUUCCCGCGCGAUACCGACCAACAGGUAUUGCUGAUUUUCCAACAGUAUUUUCUUCGCGAACACCGUUGAUUGCUGAUUUUGGUCCAUGUCGAUCAAUCUGUCGUCGUCGUGUUGCUGUUGUUGCCGUUGCUCGUAGACGAUGUGAGAUUGGAAAUAUUAUUUUCAAAUCUCAACCGUUUCCCGCCACUUUCUCGCCGACAAUAUUGAUAUCGGUCGAGAGCGUAUAAGAAUCAUUUCAACAAGGAGUCUCGUCGUCGUGUCGUUGUCUUCACCCUCGCCUUCGGUGGAGAAAUACGAUCGUCGUCGAUAAGACAAACAGAAUUCCAAGAAGCAGUGAACGGCGCCGUUCAACGGACCCUAACGCCGCCGCCGCCACCAUGGGCCGUAAGAAAAUACAGAUAUCGCGGAUCACCGACGAACGCAAUCGCCAGGUUACCUUCAACAAAAGAAAAUUUGGCGUAAUGAAAAAAGCAUAUGAACUGAGUGUGUUAUGCGAUUGCGAAAUUGCUCUGAUCAUAUUCAGCAGCUCUAAUAAAUUGUAUCAAUAUGCUAGUACAGAUAUGGAUAAAGUGUUGCUCAAAUAUACAGAGUACAAUGAACCUCAUGAAUCGCUCACCAACAAGAAUAUCAUCGAACAAUUGAAUAAAAAAGAACUUAAAGGUGGUGCCUUGAGCCCUGAAAGCCCAGAUGAAAGUUGUGAUGGUACACAAGGACCAUACCAACUUACACCAAGAACAGAAGCAAAAUACAGUAAAAUUGAUGAAGAGUUCCAGCUGUUAAUGCAACAUCAAAGAAUGGCCAGAAAUAAUGUAAGUGCUAACUAUUCACUUCCCACCACUAUGCCUGUAAACAACAUGUAUAAUGACUCUGGGAACUUACAACUGCAACACAAUGCUAGCCCAAGACCUCCAUCUUCGUCUGAUGCUGAUUCUGUUUACCCCCCUGGUAGUAUGUUGGAAAUGAGUAAUGGAUACCAAGCAUCUUCUUCGCCUGCACUAGUCAACUCACCUUCUCCUGGGCAACUAGUCAUGUCACCAUCGCCUACGCCCAAAGCCUUAAAUGCCUCUAAUAGGGCUACUCCACCGCCUAGACAUCAUUCGCCUAGACCCAAUUUGCGUAUUGUCAUGCCCAAUGCUCCUAGUCAUCACGAAGAUAAUAAUGCUAACUCAAUUAACACACCAACUGUCUCUCUAAACACACCAGUUGUAGCGCUUCAUACACCUGGAUUGGGUGGCUCUUAUCAUGGUAUUUUUACUGAUCUUACAUCUACUGACAUGGGUCUUUCAUCAGCAUUGAAUUGGUCUAAUCAACUAGCACACAACAGUGGAAUGUCUCAUCUAGGAGUACCAAAUUCAUCACCACCUUCUUCACCAUCACCAAAUUCCGUCCGCAUUAAAAGCGAGCCUAACUCGCCACCACAUUUACAUCACCACACGUCUUCAGCAACCUCUGGAACAGCGCCUAAUACUGUUGUUUCACAUUCUAUCAGUCAUUUAUCUUUACCACAUGCUCAUACUUCAAUACCGUCCCAUCACUUGUCUGUCACAGAACGUUUUAUACUAGGCGGACAGUUGCCCAGUAACCAGAGCUUAGUAGAUUCAAGACACGACUUUGAAGGAGGACCACCACCAAAAAGAUUGCGGGACACUUGGCCAACAUGACUAAAUUGUUAAGUACAGAUGACAUCACACUGCUACUUUAUCUAAAAUAUUUUCUUGAACAUAUAGAUUAUUUAUUUUAUAUUUACGGACCGCAUGACUUCUACUCUCUAUACAGGACAACUUUUGACUUACAUUAAGUAACUAAAUUAUUUUUGGAAAUUUUCUUUUCUUUUUAUCCCGUAUUUUUCAUUUUUGUUUUCUCAUUGUUAACUCCAUAACAUAUCUUAACUAUGUUCUUAACAUUUGUAUAUAAAUUUGUAUUUAUUUAUUACUUAUAUUUUGUCAGUUAUGAUAAUAUGCUGAUCCAAAUACAUAUUACAAAAAGUUAAUGUCUAGUCCUGUUACAAUUGAAUGUAGGCUACAUUUACUAGUCAAUAAAACAAUAAGACGAAAAUUGAUUAUAUCGGCCGAAAUUCAAUUAUAGACUAAGUAAAUAUUAUAUUGUUGUUAAAUUACACUAACAUAUUUUAAAUUAGAUGUUUUGUUUGUUAAAUAACAUUUGAGAGUACAUUUAAAUUAAAAUUACACAAAUUAUAUGUACAUUAUUGUUGUGUGAUGAUAUAGUAGAUACAAAAACUAUAGAAUAUAUAUAUAUAUGAUAUAUAUUAUAAUAAUAAUCAACUCCUUUUUAAGUAUGUAAAUUGAAAUAUUUAUUUAAAAAUAUUAGGAUUUUGUUUUGUAUAAGAUUUUGAUACCUAAUAAUUGUGUAUGAUAAUAAUAUGUUAAAGUUAUAUUUUUAAGUGCAAUUUCAUGGCCAUUAUUUUCAAUCAAAAUAAUUAAUUAAAGUGUAUACCAUUUAUAAAGUUAGUCAAUAUUUUUGUAAAAAGAAAAAAAAAAUAUGUGAAAAUGUUAUAAGAAAUUAUUAUGUUUAGUGUGUAAGCGGUGCUAUGUGUAAACUUUUUGGUGCCAUUUAAAUAUUUUAGUCAGCACUGUGUUUUACCUGAUCUUAGUUUAAUUGUUUUGUUACAAAUAAUAGUAGGUACUGUUCUUGCAACACACAUUAGUAGGCUCAAUUUUCUAUAUAAAUAUAUGUAUAAAACGUAACAAUGAUGACCACAGGGCAGACAUAUUUUCAUUGAAAUUAUAUUCGAGAGCUUACAUAUUUUAUAUUUUUGACCAUUGUAACAUAAUACAGGGUUCGUUUAUGGAAAGUUUACAAACAAAAUUAAAAUUAAUAAAAGGGUUUAAUCGAAUAUUAUUUUAUUUUUUCUAGUUUUUCAACACUUAUUAUUAUUUUUCUCGUUAUUCUUAACACUUGUUGUAUAUUCAUAUUAUGUACUGAUUGUAAAUUUAACAUAUUAGGGCAUGUUUGUUAAGGUAUAUAAUAUAAUAUAUAUAAAUAUAAAAUACUCAUUUUGUUGUUAUAAAAUACUUUUUUUUCUUUUUUUUAAUAUAAAUCGAACAGUGCACAAUGAUUUUUAUUUUUUAGUUUUACCAACAUUUGUGUACCCCAGCAUUAUUUUAGUAUCAUUUGUUUGUUCUUUUUUUUCUGCUAACAUUAACAUACAGUACUUUAUAAAAAUGGCAAGGCCGAAAGUGCAAUAAAAUAAUUUAUACUAUGUACAAAUUUUUAAGUUAAAUCAAAAAAGAAAUCACACGUUUACAAGCCGUUUUUAUUAUUUUAUUUUAGAUUUUUUUUUUUUGUUUUCUUUUGUUUAUCAUUUGUAUAUUGAUUGCCAAAAAAUAUAGGUUAUAUUAUAUUAUG